AGAGGACAAGGAGUGGAGUGGUGGAUGGGGAGUGGGGCCACCAUGGCUUGGCAGGAACAAGGGAUGCAUCCGUGGCACAUGGCUCCGUCACUCCAUCAGCAGAGCAUUGGGUGCCUUGAGAGGGAUGCACGAAGCCUUCGCCACCCCCCAGUGGGGAAAACUUGUGGGUUCCUCACUGCCGUUCCUCUCCUUCCAUCUCCUUGGAGGAGGACGUUGGCCAUGAGUCCCAACAGCAGGACAUUGGCCGUGGGUCCCAGUGGGAGGAUAUUGGUCAUGGUCCCAAUGGGAGAAGGAUGUUGGUCAUGGUCCCAAUGGGAGAAGGAUGUUGGCUGUGGGUCCCAAUGGGAGGAGGCCGUUGGUCAUGGGUUCCAACAGGAGGAGGAUGUUGGUCAUGGUCCCAACAAGAGGACAUUGGUCGUGGUCCCAGUGGAAGGUGGACACUGGCCGUGGGUCCCAGUGGGAGGAGGAUGUUGGUCAUGGUCGCAAUGGGAGAAGGAUGUUGGCCGUGGGUCCCAACGGGAGGAUAUUGGUCAUGGUCCCAGUGGGAGGACGACGCUGACCGUGCUCCCAACAGGAGCCCCGAGCUUCUGCCAUGGGACACGCAUUGUCACCAGAGGUCACACUGCCGACACGAUGCCGUUCACUUCACUGCACACACAGAGCAUGCACAGCACGUGGGUUUCUCCAAAGGUCUUCACCAUCCACUCUCGAUAGGCGCAAUUCUUUCCCAUGAAACACGACGUGUUUUCGAGCACGGUUCCAUCUCACCGCAUGUCUCCGUGGCGCAGAUCGGAGCGCAGGAGAUGUCCCGAAGGUCCGGGAGGGAUUUGGGUCCCUGGAAAAAGGGCUGUGGGGAUUUGGGGUCAGGACUCGGCCAUGGAGUGGUGGGGCCGUGGUUGGACAGCCCCCACGCGAGGGGUGGCAAUGAGCACUGCGUCACUCGUGUGAAUGGGGACACAGUGCCACGGGUGAUGGAGGGAGGGUUGGGGACACCGCGUCCUGCAGGAGGUGACAUUGGGACUGUGCCCCUCACUGCUGGCACCCAGUGGAGCCGUGCAGUGUCACCGCAUCCCCGGCGUCCCCUCCCAAAGCACGAGGGCUGCAUUGGCCCCAUGGCCACCGCGUGCCACCGGAGCACCGGGACGGGGACACGGGGCACUGAACUCUCAAUAGACCACGAAAGCCAUAUUAGUGCGGAGCUCUGAGCGCCGUGGGGCGGCCGUGGGGCGGAGGACGGGCUGUGUUGUUGUGCUGUGUUCUUGUAUGUACAUAAAGGGAGACAACGAACGUCGGUGUUACUUUAUAACCUUUCUAAUAUCCUGUGCUAAUCUCGGAAAAAUAAUCCUAUAAAAUAUAUCUGGAUUACACACCUUCA